CCGGCGCACGACGCCGCUGCCUGAUCACAAGUCGCGGAGCCCAACCGAACCCCACGUGGCUGCUGUGACCAGCGCUGGCCGGCGAGUUGGCCCCGCGGCGGCGAUGGCGGAGAAGAAGCUGCUGCUGCUGCCGGUGGCGGUGGCGCAAAAGCACGCGCACGCGCACGGCGUGGGUGGCGGGGACCGGGUGUGGGCGCGCCCGUGGCGGUGGGCCAAGACGGCCUUCUUCCUCGCCGCCAUGCUCGCCUCGCUCCUGCUCGUCUGCGCGCCGCCGCUCCUCGUCGUGCUCCUCGACCUCGCCCUCCCGCCGGCGCUGUUCUCGGCUGCCCUCCGCGCCGGCGACGGCUACGCCUCGUUCGCCUCGGCGGCCGUGGCCCAGGCGCGCGCCUUCGACUUCCGGUCCUCGCUCGUUGACCUGCCCGCCGUCUCCACCGCGCGCGCCCUGCUCAUCCUCUGCGCCUACGUGGUGUGCGGCGGAGGCGGCGCGUACCUGUGGGUGGUCGGGGCGUGCGCGGCCGGGUCCGUGUCCUACGUGCUCGUCAAGGCCGCCACCGUGCUCCCCCGCCGCGCCGCGCUGCAGGUGGGGGGCGAGCGCGCCGUGACUGCGGCGGGACCGGAAGCCAUGCUCCUGCUCUCGCUGGCGCUCGCCGCCGCGCACAUCGCCGCGGCGUACCGGACCAGCUGCCGCGAGCGCCGGCGCAUGCUCGUGUACAGGAUCGACGUCGAGGGCGCCGUGAGGCUAAAAGGAGGCCAUCAGACACCCAAAGGGCUGAAGGCCUGAAGCAGCGUAGCGUCUGACACUCUGCUCUCAUCCCCACCAUUAGAUCCGCGACAUGGACACACACGUACGUAGGCGCCCGGCAGAUUAGUUUCCUUUAGGCUCCAAGCAAAAUUUUGAUCGAGUUCCUCUUUGUCAUGUGUACACUAAGAUACGUCCGUCACCGUGUAAUUACUGUCACUUUCGCAAGUGAACAUACUGUAAAUACUGAAACAGCCGUGCUUAAGUACCCCCGGCCUCCUGCGAUGCAGACGCAGGACGAGCUGUUGUGUUCAA